CGGUUAAUUGGUGCUCUGCCCGGGAUCCUGAAGCACGCCCCGCACAACGUGGGCUGUGGUUCCUCAGAGGACACGAAGAAUAAACCCCCAAACAAAAGGACGUUAGCUAGGAGAGGGUCACACUCCGGGUGGGGUCGGCAAAGAACAACACUGAAGCCCAGAUCAUUGAGUCCGCGAUGCAUAAGAACUCGACGUUUAAGUACUUGGCCACUGCUCUCCCAGCCUGACAGCCAGGAGGGAGUUCCCGGAACCGCUGACCUCACUUCCGGAGCUCGGCGGCGUCGAGGCGGGGCCGGAAGUGACGUAAGCCCGCGGCCGCGCCCGAAGCACUAUGGCCGCGUCCACACCUGGGAGAUGUCAGUGUCUGGUUCACAGUCCUGCUUGUAUCUCGAGACACGCUUUCAUCUGUCUUCCUGAGCUUUGACAGAGCAUCAUAUACAUUUCAUCUUCAUUCUCUCUUUUUGGGCUAUGGGUUGGAGGCAACGGAAAGAUCCCCAAAGGCGUGGGACACCAUUCCCGUACGGAACCCCAAGGCAGGUGGCCUGGCGCGGAGCCGGAUGCGAAGGCGGGACUCAGGCAGAAGGGCAGACCCAUCGCGUGACGCACUUCCGCUUCCCCUGGCUCGGGCAUCUGGUUGGACUACCUUGUUGCGGGUAGGAGGGAGUAAGCCGGCGUGAGGAGCUCGGUUCCCCGCCUGAGCACGGUAAGGCCUGACGCCGGGCCUCUGCUCCCGCCUGUGCAACAUGCCCGGGGGCAGAGGCGGUUGGAUUGUAGAAGAAUGUGGGGCUGGAGACGAAAGGUUCAGGUUGUCUGCUGGGUUGCAGAGAGAAGAGGCGUUGAGGCGGGGACUGGAGUAACCAGCUUCCCGGAGACUCUCAUUCCGCAGCCUCUGUUUGGGCUCAGCCUUCUCUCUCCAGCUGCCACCACAGCCUGGAGGCUUCAGCCCUCCCGAAUGGUGCUCCUCUUUGCAGGCCUUGGCCUAAGAUCCAGGCCCCUUUCCCCCCCUGCCUCGGAGCUGUUGCUCCAGCUCUUUCCUGGUAGACUCUCCACGGAGACAGAAGAAUUUUUGCCCACACAGGCGUUAUUUUUAUAAACCUCGCGGCUGGCUCUGCCCCUAACAGUGUGAGGUUCUUCUUUGCCCCCUUUCUUCACUCUAAAAAGUGGAAUCUUUCUUGUUACCUCGAACAAGGAACAAACACCCAAGUUUGGGACUAGGUCCCAGCAUGUCACUCCUCUCUUGUGCAUAGAAGGGCUCUGCCCAGCAGAAUGGCUGAGCUCAGGGAGGUCCCAGGAGGGCGAGAAACCCCACAGGGGGAGAUUCGACCUGAGGUUGUAGAGGAUGAAAUUAGUCAGAGCCCAGUAGCAGAGGAGCCUCAAAGAGACAGAAGCAACAGCAACCACGAAGCCAAAUUGUCCCCAAGAGAGGAAGAAGAACUGGACCCUAGAAUACAGGAGGAGCUGGAACAUCUGAAUCAGGCCAGUGAAGAGAUCAACCAGGUGGAGCUACAGCUAGAUGAGGCCAGAACCACCUAUCGGAGAAUCCUACAGGAGUCAGCAAGGAAGUUGAAUACACAGGGUUCCCACUUAGGGAACUGUAUUGAGAAGGCCCGUCCCUAUUAUGAGGCUCGGCGACUGGCUAAGGAGGCCCAGCAGGAGACACAGAAGGCAGCACUACGUUAUGAACGGGCUGUGAGCAUGCACAAUGCUGCCAGGGAAAUGGUGUUUGUGGCCGAGCAGGGUGUUAUGGCGGACAAGAACCGGCUGGAUCCCACGUGGCAGGAGAUGCUCAACCAUGCCACCUGCAAGGUAAAUGAGGCAGAGGAGGAGAGGCUUCGUGGUGAGCGGGAGCAUCAGCGAGUGACUCGACUGUGCCAGCAGGCUGAGGCUCGAGUCCAGGCCCUACAGAAGACACUCCGUCGGGCCAUUGGCAAGAGUCGUCCUUACUUUGAGCUGAAGGCCCAGUUCAGCCAGAUUCUAGAGGAGCACAAGGCCAAAGUGACAGAGCUGGAGCAGCAGGUGACCCAGGCCAAGACCCGCUAUUCAGUUGCCCUGCGCAACCUGGAGCAGAUCAGUGAACAGAUCCAUGCACGGCGCCGGGGCCUGUCACCUCACCCCCCAGGCCAGCGGCGCUCUUCUCCUGUAGGAGCUGAAGCUGGGCCUGAUGGAGGCGAGGAGGGGGACAGUGGGAUUAUUGAGGGGGCCCAGGGAGGGGGCCUGGACGAGGGUCACCUGGACACCGACACCCUGAGCCUGCUGAGCCUGCGCACUGUGGCAUCUGACUUGCAGAAGUGUGACUCUGUGGAACACCUGCGGGGUCUCUCAGAUCAUACCAGUCUGGAUGGCCAGGACAUGGAUCAUCGGAGUGGGGAUCAUCGGGGUAGCUACAGUGGAAGCCAUGGGGGCCGACAUCAGCGCAGUGUCAGCCUAUAGCCCUAGACUUAGGGAAACUGGUUUGUGUCUUAUCAGCCCACACAGGGUUGUAUCAGUCUCUGGUUUGCUCUGCUCUGGUCCUUGCUUACCUCAAAGAGAUCAGGUCAGAUCUCUUCAGAAGGCUUGUCUCUGGUUCACACAUCUCUUCAGCUGUUGACUGCUUACAGUCAGAAACCCUUUGCUGUACUCUUUCUGAUAUCUCUCCUUUCACCUUUCUGGCUUUUUCCCUCAGGGAACUUGUGUUGGAAGGCAAAUGGAAGCCAUCAGAGAAGGCUUGGCUUCUUGGCAUCUCAGCCCCAUUCUGAAUUAAUGGACAAAUGCCUUUCUAUAGUAUUAGUCCUCCCAUUAUCUUCUCUAGUAGGGGCCCUGGAGAUGCUGCUGACCUCUUCUGGUGCCCUAAUCCUUGUCUUUGGUCCCAACUGGUCCUUUUAUUACAUUUAGAUGUACUAUAAGAUUAUGUUCUCUGGAAGACAGUACUCUUCAAAAUGUGCUUCUAAUGACCUAAGCCACUGUCCUCUGUGUAUCUUAAGGCAGGGCUUGAAGGGUGCCAGUGUCAAGAGUAGUGGAUGCUCAGCCCCACUGUCAGCUUUAGGGUACCACCAUCUCCAAACAGUCUCCAGUGAGUAAGGCAAUGGCCCAGCUAGACUGGCCCUUAACAUUACCCAGGGUGCUAGUAGAUACCUAACAAGAUUAAUUGUAUAGAGAUUUAGUGAUGUGCUUCCUGAUGGUUGAUAUCCCUGCCGUUUCUGCUAUGGAGUUCCUAGACUGAAGAUAAGCACCUUCUGCAGGGAGUAUUUGGAAAUUGGUGCUUAACUGCUCUCAUUGUUCCCCAACCAUACCAUAACUACUCUAAAUCUCUUGAGGAAUGCACAGGUCUGGCUCUCUGGCCCUCUGUGAUACAAAGGAUUGGCCUGCAGUGCCACACUGUCCACAGGGAACAGCUCUAGGUAUCUGUUGCUCUUUGGAUGUGUGUGGGGAUAAAGGUAUAGAAAGCACAUAAGAUCUGGUUGCCUUGGAAUAGCCAGUCCUUCUGUCUCAUCUCAAGGCUGAAAAGUGGGAUCUUGACAAAGCUCCUACCUAGCUUGUGUAUUGCUGCGAUCAGUUAUGUGAGAGGGUGUUGCCAGAUGGCCGUGCUCUGAAUCACAGGUUAGAGGUGGAUAGGAAUGGGGGAAAGAAAGGGUGGAACAUGAGCAUAUGUGCAUGCAUAGGCCUCUGUGCGUGUGCGUCCCUCUUUAAAUAAAAUAUUGUUUAUCUAACAGUAAAGUUUAUUUUCCUUGUCCAGGAAGAAAGAAGGUGAAAGAGAUCAAUAUGGAGAAAGGGGAAAGAACAGACUUGGUUUAUGGAGGUUUCUUUUGCUGAAUUGGUCAGGAAAGACUCCUCUGGAGGUGAACAUGGCCAUGGGAGGAGGAAAAUUAAAAAUAUUGUGAAGGUGGCUCAUGGUUACCAGUAGACACGGAUUGUGAGCUAUCUGAGAAUGGAUGGAGAUGUUGGAAAGCUAAAGCUUUAUUGUUCUCUGAAUGAGGUGUGAUGGGUGUAAGAAGCUGUGUUUGGAGUCUGCAAUGGUUGCUAGAGCCAUUAUGGUAGCCUAGGUGAUUGAUGAGGGUGCUGGAGGAGGAAGACCCUGGGCAUGUCUGGAUGUGAGCAUGAAAGGAAGGAUAUAAAUACUGUUGUGGAUUUUAACAAAGGUGUGCAUUUACAUAUGAUGCCAAGUUAUACUUGAUUUCAUUGUCUAUGUAAGAUUAAAAUAUAGAUGUAAUUCCCUAGAUAGGGCUUCACCAGUUGAGUGGGAGGGCUUUACGUGCUUUUGUACUCACAGCUUCAUAGUCUGUGAAACAUAUGGGGAAAUCUUCAGGGAAGGGAUGAGAACUUGAGCUAUGGAAGUGGAGAUCUGGAGAAUGGGGUAUUUACAUGUUAACUAAAAUAUCACUGCCACCUAAGAGAAGGAAUAAAACAUAUUUUUUAGAGGUUUUUUUUAGUUUGUUUGCUUUGAGCCACACCUGGCUGUACUCAGGACUUAUUCCUGGUUUUGUGCUCAGGGAUCAUUCCUGGAGGACUCAGGAGACCAUAUGGGAGACUGGAGAUCAAACCCUGGUUAGACAUGUGCAGCAAGUUCCUUGGCCCCUAAUUUUCAGAAUUUUAGUUAAGGGCUGCCUAAAGAAAACUAAAACAUUUCUGAUUUUUUUUUUUACCUUACCCAUAAGGCAGUUCCAGAACAGGUGGGCUAUUUUCAAAGGAAAAGAAAAUUAUAAUCUUUUAAUGUAACAGUAUUUUUCUUAUUUUUCUUUAAAGGGCCUACGUGAAUUUCUAAUAUCCUGGCUGAGCAAGAAAAUGCAUAUUUUGAAUUGAGAUCUAUAUCUUGGAGGUGGGACCAUUCUAGGUUUGAGGAAAUGUAAAUAAAAGAUAAACAUUUAUGUAAGAAUUUUAGUUAUAUGAAUAUUUGUCUGGUAUUUUUUGUGGGUGUUUGGGGCCACACCCAGCUGUGCUCAGGGCUUAUUCCUGGCUGUGCACUCAGGGAUCAUUCCUGGAGAGUUCAGGGGACCACAUGGGUCCCAGGGAUCUAAGCCAGGUCAGCCAUUUGCAAAGCAAGCACCUUCACUGCCCUACUAUCUCACUGCACAGCUGCUGCUGCAGCUCCUCCCUCUCUUCUUCCUUCUUCCUCCUCCUCACCUUCCUCUUCUUUCUUCAUUCUUUUUUCUUCUUCUUUUUUUUUUUUAAACGCAGGAGGCCACCAUACUAUUAUAAUACAGGUGGGGUGGAGUAGGAUUAGUUGUAGCACCAAUCAGUCGCCCUGCUCCUUACAGCUAUUGUGGUUGUUCUUUAGGGGCUAAAAUGUAGAUGAGCUAGGGCAGUGGAGAUUGUCAAAGCUUUUUAUUUUAUUUAAAUUUUUUUAUAGAAUCACCAUGAGAUACACAGUAAAUGUAGAGGCUAAAGUGUAGACGUGCUGGGGCAAUGAAGAUUGUCAAAGCUUUUAUUUUACUUUAUUUUUUUUAUUACAUCGCUGUGAGAUACACAGUUACAAAGCCUUUAUGAUUGGGUUUCAGUCAUACAACAUUCCAACUCCCGUUCUCCACCAGCACACUUUUCCCACCACCAAUAUCCCCACUACCUCUCCCACCACCCUCAACGCCCUGCCUGCCUCUAUAGCAGGCACUUUUUUUCUUACUCUUUUUUUUUUUUUUGUGGGGGGAGUGUAUUUUUGGUGUAAAAGCUUUUAAGAAGAAAAUUUUUGUUUACUUUGCCUGGAAUUGACUCUAAAACCUGAAAUUUAUCUCUUCUGUGCUCCAUUUUUUUUUCUAUAGACUGAAUUCCAACAGAAGUGUGCGUACAUUAGAGCUAGGUGAGGGAGGAAGUUGGGAACCUGUAAACUCUGUUAAUACAAUAAGGAGGACUAUAUAUCUCAAAUGAAGGCCUAAAGGGAUAGAGUAGUGACCCCAGAGGGUCAAUUAGGGGCUACUGGUACUGAACAUUCAUUUUAAUAGAUCCUGAUCAUGCCCUAGGAUUUCCUUUUUUGAGAUAAGUCAGUGUCACCUGGCAGAUAAGUGAUAAUUUUUUUUUUCUUUUCAUGGAAAAAGCAAGUGCUGCUACCGGUGAGCAUGUCUUUUGGGCUUUUCAUGCUGAGACUGCAGACUACUCCCAUCAUUUUCUGUCAGUGCAGGGACCAGUAAAGAAGUACCCCUUGUUUGCAGUACUACCUAUCAGAUGGGGCAAGAAUGAGAAAAUCCAGGAGAGUUAGUGGCUCCUCUUCUAGUAGAAGGGAAUAGCCAAUACAAUCAGUCUCCUGAGCCCUGUCCUAGUAGUAGUGACUUGAACUUACUUAGUACUUCUCUGCUAGGCAUAUGUAUGUUAUGUGGUACUUAACACCAAUAUUGCCUUUUCAAGUGCCCAGACUACCUCUAGCCUUACAAAGGAUAAUGGGACAGCUGAACUCUAUAGAGUUUCAUACUUGAGUUCUUGAGUGAAUGAUCUCAUAGAAACUAAAGGUGUGAAAUUAUAAGAUGUGGGUAGAGUCACCUCUUAGGAAGUUUUAUAGGAGAGAAGUGCUGAGAUUUAUAAAGUUACAAGGAAUAUCAGAGCUGCAUCAAGAAUCAAGGUCAAUUAACCCUAAGAAAUUUUCUUUUGAAAUAAGCAAGAGAUAGAUUCCUGGGGCAUAUGGAGUCUUCCUAUUUUUUGUGUAUUGUCACAUACACUAAGUGAUAAUAACUUGUUUUGAAUUUCUUAUCCAAGUAUGCUUCUGACCUCAGUUCCAGGCAUAGAGAACCUACUUAAUAGAUACCUAGUUAAGUUGGAUUUUGUGUCUCUGUCUUCCCAUCUCCCAACUUCCACCUUCUGCCAGUAUAUAUAUAUAUAUAUUAUAUUUGUAUAUAUAUUAUAAUAUAUAAUAUAUAUUACAUAUAUCUCCAUGGGAUGAGUUCUCAAAUUUCUCUAUGCUUUGAUAAAUGAGAAAAUGUAGGUGUGCUUAGCACAAAACUGUUCAGUGAAUGUCAGCCAUAUACUUGUUAGCUGUUUGCAACUUGUUAAUACAGCGAGGAGAAGUGUGUACAUUGUAUGCACGGAGGCUUUUCAUAAAGAUCUUACUGAAGAUUAUAAUUUCUCCCUCCUGGACUUUAUUUUGUCAAGCCCGACAGUCUUUAUCUGCUAGUUGCUAUGUGUCCAUUUUACACAUUGAGUGGCUUUUCUGGCUGUUCCAUUAUACUCACGUCAUAACAGUGGGCAGCAGCAACCUGAAAUCUGGGUUUAAUGCACAAUGUCUAUCUCAGUUCAUGGUGGCAUGGGAGGUCAGAUAUAUCCAGCAUAAUUAAAUUGUUCAUGCAUGAACCUCUUGUAUCCCUGAAUUCCCUUGGAAUCAGCAACUAAGUGUAACAACUGAGUCACUUGUGCAACCACUGCCAUUUUAGACCAAAUCUCUGCAGCUCUUUUUCUCAGUUCACCUCAGUUCACUUCUGAGUGUCCAUUGUUGUGUUUUUUUUUUUUUUUUUGCUUUUUGGGUCACACCUGGCGAUGCACAGGGAUUACUCCUUGCUCUGCACUCAGGAACCACCCCUGACUGUGCUCAGGGGACCAUAUGGGAUGCUGGGAAUCGAACCUGGGUCGGCCGCAUGCAAGGCAAACGCCCUAACUGCUGUGCUAUUGCUCCAGCCCCGUGAGUGUCCAUUGUUACUGUCUUUGUCAGCAUUCUUUUAGAUUGCUCUCCUAGGAAAUUUCUUUGGCUUUGCCUGCCAUAGUGACUUAAGACAUAGGCCUCUGUACUUUUUAGCUUCGCUAAAUGGAAGGAAUCGAGUCCAUUCCACUGAUCGGAAAAUGGGUAGGUGUAGUUUUUUACUUAACUGGAACUUCUAGAGUAGAAAAAAAACCCAAAAUCUGGUAGGUUUUCUUAGGAACCAUCAGAAAAAAAAUAACACAAAAUACACAUAGGUGACAGGUGAUUCAGGGCAAUUGAAAAACAAAAACAAAAAAACGAAGGCUGCAUUUAAAGAUUGCUCAGGAGUUUAAGGCAGAUAGGAGGCUUUGAGCAGGAGACUACUCUGAAUCUCUGAACUGCCCAUUCAUCUCAGGCUGGAAAAAUGUGACAGUAAGCUCCGCCUUCCAGUCCUCUUACCCCUUAAAUUUACUCUUCUAAAACCAGUCCUGAAAUCUGGCAGGUCCCAUGUCUCCGCUAGGGUAUGGCACGAAGCAGUUUCCCCCCACCCAGUACCUGCUCCACUUACUCAUUUAUAUCUACACUGCUUUUGAUACAAUUUUUGCUUUGGCCCAUUAGAAUUUUCCCUUUGGUUGAAGCCUGGCUGAUGUUCUGUUUUCUGGAGAAAGAAGUACUUUUUUUUUUUUUUUUUUUUUUGUGUGUGUUCCUUUAUUAUCUUUUCCAUUAUCCUCUAUCUUUUUUUUUUUUUUGAUUUAUUUAUUUUUAAUUAGAGAAUCACCGUGAGGGUACAGUUACAGAUUUAUACACUUUUGUGCUUAUACUUCCAUCAUACAAAGUUUGGAACCCAUCCCUUCACCAGUGCCCAUUCUCCACCACCCGUAAACCCAGUGUCCCUCCCACCCUCCCCAAUCCCAUCUCCCCCCCACCCCACCCUGCCACUGUGGCAAGGCAUUCCCUUCUGUUUUCUCUGUCUAAUUAGCUGUUGUGGUUUGCAAUAAAGGUGUUGAGUGGCCGCUGUGCUCAGUCUCUAGCCCUCAUUCAGCCCGCAACUCCCUUCCCCCACAUGGCCUUCGACUACAAUGUAGUUGGUGAUCGCUUCUCUGAGUUGACCUUUCCCCGGAACGUGAGGCCAGCCUCGAAGCCAUGGAGUCAACCUCCUGGUACUUAUUUCUACAGUUCUUGGGUGUUAGUCUCCCACUCUGUUGUUCUAUAUACCAUAGAUGAGUGCAAUCUUUCUAUGUCUGUCUCUCUCGAGAAAGAAGUACUUUUUACCCCCGGCAUUCUACCAGGGUCUGAAUUAAUCCCCCCCUACUCAAGUUCCCCAAGUCUCUUGAAUAAUUGAACUGGCUUAAUGUCACCCCUCAUAUCAGCCAUACUGUCACUCAGUGUAGUUUGGUAGAUGUAUGUGGAGUGCCCAUGUGUCCUUUGAUUUAAAUUGGACCUUGAGUAUGAAAGGAGAAAGAUGUAACCCAGGUCAGAAAAGUAUAAAUCACGUUGUUCCAGGAAGACUGUUUUGGCUACUGCCUCGGGGACUGUGCAGAUGAACAAGAUUCUCAGAAACUCUGGCCUGAUAUUCCAGUUUGCAAGGAGGAGUAGUGACAAGGUUAUCUAAAGCAUAGAAUGAUUAUACAACCAGUGGAGGAGGAGUAAUGUGAGAGAUACCUUGGUGAACAUUGUGAGGGGUUAUUUACAAGGAGUUUGUGGUCAGAGCAUGGGAACUCCAAUACAGGGUAAGCCAUGGGUCCAACCAGAGGUAGGUGUGAAAUGAGGACCAUCUGCUGUAGUCAAGAAAGUUGGUAUGCAGAAUGGGAGUUUCUCCUUUGAAUAAGUAGAUGCCGAACCAGCUGAUUUAUUCAUCAACAGAGUUGGAAGGAAAGGGUAUUAAAAUGAUCUCCCCCAUUUAUACUUUUAGUAUGGAAUGGGCCAUGGAAUUUGUUGAGAAGAAAAAUUUCUUCCUUAAGGUGCUGCAUCAUUGUACAUGCCAUACUUGGUGGCCUGAUCCCUUUGUUGUUCAUGGGGUGGGUAUGCCCAGGGAGAUCAGAACUGGUAAAAACAGAACUUCAAAAGUAAAAGCGUAUGUUAAAGGAAGGCAAGGACAACUGUAGAGUAGAGAAGAUAUCACACCCCCAGAAUUAGACUGCAGGUCAUUCAGGAUGAAGUGCUUUCAACUGGUUUUGGGAAGCUGACUAUAGGUUGUUUAUUUCCCCUUCUAAACUACCUCUGUUUGGAUCCGAGGGUUAUUGUGAACUUGUCAAGGAGAAGGACUUUCAGUCUUGGGGAUUUCUUUGUCCUCCCUUUUAGUCAGGCCUCAUCUUCUGGCCAUUAGUGAUCCCCAGACUGGGUCUUCAGCUGGCAACAAAAUAAUUCUGUUUCAAAAUAUGUCAUACUGCUUAAAAAUAUUUCUUUGUUUAUUUUACUUUUUUUUUUUUGUAAAUCUUUUUUUCUGAAUUUUACUACCAUGGGGCCGCUUAUUUGACUUCUUUUCUCACCCUUUCUUUCCUCCUUAUGACUUAAGUAAUAGCAUACAAAAGGUAAGGGUCCUUUCUGUGCCCAUAUGAAAGUUCACUUAUGCUAGGACACACCCUUCUCCUAAGUAGUAGGAAUUUUCUACCUGUAUGCCUAUUACCACCCAGUUUUGCUCAAAGCUUACGCCUGACUCUGCUCUGGGAUCACUCUUGGUGAUACCUGGGGAACCAUAAAUGGUCAUGGGGAAUCAAACCUGGGUCAGCCACAUGGAAGUCAAGCCCACCUUGCCUACUAUACCAUUGCUUCAGCUCCAGUAGUAGAAAUGAUAGAGCUUGGAUGGCUCAGGGAGAUCUGGAAAGAAUAAUGGAAAUUUCUGACAUGAAAGACUUCUUGGUGGGAAACUCUCUGCCACUGUAUAGUGAAGAGGCUCUCUUUUAAUAUCACCCCUUCCAUUUGAACCUCCUGUUACUUCUGUAGUUUUAGCCUCCACUCUUGGAGAGAAGGGCAGAGAUCUUCUGUUUCCAGAAUCGGAAUGUGUAGUUCCUUCACAUGCUUGAAAAUAUGUUCAGUAUCUUCAAUUCUAUGUUUACCCUUUCUACUUUGAGAGGGCGUUUUGAUGUCUUCAAACACAAACCCUUCCAUUUUCUUCAAAGUUGGAUUUAGCAGAAAGAACCCAUUUUAAAGGGAUCUGUAAAUAGCAAGAAUGGCAUGAGGCUUUUGAAUGGUCUCCAUUAGAGAAAAGUCACUGUGUCAUCUCUCAAAUUACACCAGGUAAGAUUGGGGGGAGGGGUGUCAGGUAUUUACUUUUUUUUUCUUCUAAAUUUAAUUAGUUUUUUUUCAGUGUAUGUUCAGAAAGAAUCUAAUAAAAAGGAGAAUAUAGGAGGAAGGUAAAUUGAUCUGGAAGCAUAAAUGGAACUUGAGGGAAAGAAAACACUUAGACACAGGAAUUAGAAAAUGACUGAGCUGAAGGAGACAUAGAACAGGGUCAAAAACGGGAGUUAUGAGCACUUUGAUGGUGGUGGGUUGCAGUUACCUGGAAUAAGCCAUCCUAAGCUGAUGGACUAGUACAUGGCUUUAAUAUCUUGUGCUUACGGAAGUGGAAGUGUGUGCAAGCAGGAUUAGUGAGUAAGCUGAAGUAGUCAAGCAAAUAUGGGACUAGAGCAACUGGCUGAAUCUUGGGUCUUAACUGCACCAACUUUAUCAGGAGGAGAUUAUUUACCAUACAUAGCAAAGGCACUUAAAGGAGUAAUUUGAGGCUUCCUCCUUCAAGCCCUUAUUCUCCCUCAAACAUAUCUCUCUUGCUUGUUUCUAUGUCCCUGAUUACUUGCCUGCUUUUAAGCAGCAAGCUAGAAAAUGUUCUCUGGAACGUAUAUUCAUUUUCUUCUUCCCCACCCCUUCUAAGUAAGUUUUGUUCAAUAAAAAUUGUCUUGCUUCACUAAAAUAAUAAUACUAUGAACACAGUCAAAGAUUGGGGGAUGAAGCUUCUGUACUGGCAUGAAAGUGAUAACUCAGAUCUGCUUCAGUUGUUUCCCUGGAGAUGGCCAUCAAAUUGUCCAGGCCAACUUAAAGAUCCACUUUAGCUUCCCACCCAGAAGAGUGGUGGGGAAACAAUUUUUUUUCAUUUUCUUUAGUGAGUUCACGAAGCUAUGUGUGGGUGCUGCAAUAUCGUGUGUGCAUUCUGUGGCUGAGAGCCGCCUCCCAUCUUCCCCAGGUCUCCCAAGGAGAGAGAGAGAGACAGGGACCACAGCCUGAUGGAGAAAAUGGCCCAUUUAAUGCAGAGCUGCUAGCAUACUUAUAGAACAUCUAAAGGGGUCAUAGGUGUAGGACUGCAUGUCUCUUUGAUAUGCAAAGGUAAAACGUUCCAUUAGAGGCAAAUCUCUGGGGGAGAUAAACUCAAGGAGAUGCUCUGUCUUCCAGGGAUAGCUAUAUUGCUUUUCUCUUUCCCUCUAGUUAUAUACAUAUAUAUAUAUAUACACACACAUGUAUAUAUAUGUAUGUAUAUAUAUACACACACAUAUAUAUCAAACAAUUGGCCAAACAGUUCUACUUACCAAUACUUGUAAUUUGGAUAAACACAGUAGGAAAUAAAGAUUCUAAAACUUAGUUCUAUGGGCUCUGAGAGCAAGCUAGGAUUUUACUUUAAAUCCAUAAAUCCCAGAAUAAGUCCUCAGGUCAGUUCAGCUUGUCCUUCCCAUGGGGGUCCUAUGUCUUAUGUUAUGAUAGCUUGCAUCAAGACCAUGCAUUUAUGCUUUCUAGAAUGUCCCAUUUCAAUGCCGGGGUAGCUUUGCCAUUUGCCCCGGAUCCAUCCCAGUCCCACAGCAGGAUCUCCCUUUGGGGAGUGUUUGGAACUACAGUAACUGACGACUGAGUCAAGUAAUUAUGACAUAUCUAGAAGUAGAUAUAUUUUAGAGUCAGUCAACUCCCCAAAAUUAGGAGCAUAGCAUUAAUGGUCUUUCUGUGUUUAAGCAAAGAAUAUUGCUCUAGAGUAAAAUAUGAAAAGGCUAUAGGGGAAAUAGAAAGGCAAGUAAUUCACUACAAAUACAAAAUCCAGAAUUACCAGAAAGUUUUGGCUUAUAAGUAACCAAGAUUGACUUGGGGAACUGUGACAGGUGUAAAACACAAAGGAAAGGUUAAAGAUAAAUUCAGAGAAUGAGGGAUGCUCGCAAUAGCACUGUAAGGUUUUCUAGUAGAAGGAAAUGGGGCAAUUCACUGAUUAAGCCUAAAGCACUUAGGGUUAUUAUUCAACACUUCAGUGUCUUUUUCUUCAUUUACUCCAGACCCUCCGUCAACUUAAAUCAUUUCAGCACUCUGAAUAAAAGAAAAUUACCAGUUUUCAGGACUUUUACCCACAAAAAGUGAGAUUAAAUAAUAUAAUUUGUUCACUUUAAAAACACUGACUUUCUGUCUAUUCAACUUUGGUUGAAUCGCCAAGAAAUAAAUGUAUGGAAGGAAAAAGUAAAAAAAAAAACAAAAAACCAAAAACAACCACUGACCUUGGGGCCAGAGAGAUAGAGAGGUGGGUAACGUGCUUGCAGUCAACCUAAGUGCAAUAUCCACCAGGAGUCAUCCCUGAGUAUACUAGUGUAACCCCAAGAUAGAAAUAAAGCAUAAACUUUUAGAUCUAUAUAGUUUUCUUACAGAGGUAGUUACAAAUGUAAAGGAAACAUUACAUUUGAAUUAAGAUGUGACUAUAUCUUUUUGUCUUUUGGUGAGAUCCAAUACCCUGGCUGAUCAGAGAGUGCUUUGCACUUUGGGGUUAAGACAGGUCUGAGCAAAAUGUAGUCCUUGAUUUAAGAACUUACUAUUCAGGGCUGGAGAGAUAGUACAGCUGGUAGGGCACUUGCCUUGCACACAGCAGACGGGUUUGAUCCCAGCACCCAGCACUAUAGUGCCUCAACUAGGAGUGAUCCCUGAGUGCAGAGCCAGGAGUAAGCCCGGAGCAUAAGCAGAUUUCAUCCCCAAACAAAACAAAAUCAAAAUAAUAACUUAUUCAUGAUAUAUUUUCUAAUAGAUACCAGACUUCAAGGCGUGCUUGCUAGCCUUUUCACAAAAAUGACUUCCAAUAGGAGGAUGAAAUAAUUUAGGUUAGAGUUUACUCCUGUGCCCAAGGGGUAUUUUUCUCCUUUUGAAAGAAGAAAGAUUUUGGAAGAAAUUGUUUUGAAAUUUUAAAUUAAUCAUUUAAUUAAUAAAAUAUGUUUAUAUUUAAUUUAAUUAAUAAAAAUAUUUUAAAGUUUUCCUUACAAUCAUGCUGUAUGAUCAGACAUACAACCAUGAAUUGCUAGGUAUGAUAGAUUUGUAAUUACA